AUGAACACAACGGCGCCAACAACGACAGUGGCUGUUCUUUCACAGCGCUCCAUUCACCCACUCGACUCGUUCAGUACGUGGUAUAGCCAUAUUCAUGGAUAUGUUAGUCUUAUAAUUUGUGCGUUUGGAAUAUCACUCAACGUUUUUAACAUUGUUGUUCUCACUAGAAAAAAGCUGCAAACACCAAUAAAUUUUAUACUAACAUCCUUAGCAGCUUCGGAUAUAGCUACAAUGAUAUCUUAUGUGCCAUUUGCAUUCCAUUUUUAUUGCCAUUAUUCAGCAAAUUCCAUUUCUGCAGAAAAGAACAGCUGGGCUUGGAUGAAUUUUCUUCUUGUUUAUCUCAAUUUCUCGGCUACUGCACACACCAUAUCAAUAUGGUUGGGUGUAGCCUUAGCUAUUUUUAGACAUAACCACGUACACUCACCUGCGAAAGGCAACUUGACACGAAUACGGCGUCUUAUACGCGCCAGAAUAACAGUGUUUUUGAUAUUCAUUUCAUCUGUUAUAAUAAUGAUUCCGUAUUAUUUAAGCCAUAAAUUAAUAGAACUGAAAUUUAGUCCAACGCAAUCUGGAUAUAUAUUUCAAGACUGGAAACUAGGCACGGGCAAAGAAAAACCUAUAAUUCUAAUAAGUCUGAUACUGUACAGUUGCUUUUUAAAGUUAUUACCGUGUGUCCUGAUCAUAAUCUAUGGAGGAUUGCUUCUCAUUACUAUAAAUAACACACGACUCAAGAGUAAAAGAAGAUUAUGCCAACACGGAUCUCUAACAUCCAACUCCUCCCAACGAAUUACAGACAUGUCAAGAACUACAAUAAUGUUACUGAUCGUAAUUGUUCUUUUUUUGUUCACAGAAUUGCCCCAAGGGGCUUUGAUAUUAUGCUGUCUGUUUCUCAAAGACUUUUUCGAGAAGAUCUACAUCCCUCUCGGCGAUGCAAUGGAUAUCAUAGCACUGAUAAACAGUAGUGUUAACUUUGUGUUAUAUUGCACAAUGAGUCAAGAGUUUAGAAGAACUUUUAUUCGUUUAGUUUGUGCUUUCUUCCGCGUUAAACAACAGCAGCAGCGGACAUCCCUUCAUACCCAUGCAUUACCACAACGACGGGAUGACCACAGACACACGAUUGAAACAGACGUAUGA